AUGGCAAACUCUGAUUUACAGCAACUUUGGAAUACCUCAUGGACGCUGCACCGUCUAUCUCCACUUCACCAUGGGAAAGAAUUCCAGUCCCUUCUUGGCAAUCAGGCCGCCCUGAGAACUUAUGCUAGCAGAUUAAGGGUUCACCUUACAGGGGAUCUGUUUACCAGUGCUCAGGCUCCUUUAAGUGCAGCUGGCGCUGUUGAUGAUGAUGUCCUUUCCAGAACCGGAUCUCUCAGAGACUGCGUCUGGGAAACGUUAUCGGCACCCUUCACAGAGGCUACCUCGGAGAAACUCUCUGGAAUACUGGUCACUCUAGAGUAUGAAAACAUCACCUACAAAGCUGCUCUUCUUGCAGCACAAGAUGGCCGUCGCACCUCGGCGAGGCGGAAACAGUCCACUCAGCUCCCGCUACUACUGACGCGGUUCCCUACUCCCCUGCGGCAGACCUUCAUGUCUUUCUUGUCUGCUAAUUUUGACACUUACUGCUCUGUUCUUCGCUUACCCUCGACUUUCAUGUGUACGGCCCUAGAGAUGUACAUCGACAUUCUGAUGGGGGGAGACCAUGAAGAACCUUCCGACACUCAUCGGAUGUUCGAAGGUACCAUCAAGGAAACGCAGCUUACCUUGUCCUUUUCGCCGCCCGUUGCGCCGGCUCUGAGAUCUCUCAACGUCAAUAUUCCUCGUGGCUCCUUCACGGAGUUUGUGCGUGGAAGUAAUCUAGACGCCGAGUUGACUCACCGGAAGAAUUCUGUCUUAUCAGGCCUGUCCACCUACCUAGAGAAGCACUUGGCAAUCAAGCUGAACCUGGGAGAUCUGGCGAGCGGCCACCAUUCGGUCAAUCAACCCGUGCGUCUGACUAAAAUCGCAUGUGGCAGCUUCGUCCUAGGCGGCGAAGGUAAAAUGAAGCUGGUCGCACCGUCGGGACAAGCUAGCUCUGAAGAUGGUGCUGCAGCAGCUCGUGAGAGCAGAGACCGUCUGCUAUUGCGGGCGAAUGAGGAACUGCUUCAAGCUGUUAUACGUCGAGCUGCUAUGGGCGGUGAUGAGCAGACAUGA